UGAGACACAGAGCUUUCAGCACACAAGCUGCCUGAACCAAAAUGGGGUCCUACAAAGAUAUCUUUGUAUUACUUUUAUUUCUCUAUACAGUUCAAGGAGAUAUACUGGAUAACUAUGUACAAACAAAUGGAGCUUGGAUAAUUAGUCUUCAAGAAAACACCUAUAUAACUCUCAGUAAUGAAGAAUGCGCUGAGAAAUGUGAAGCUGAAACAGUAUUUACCUGCAGGUCUUUUAUAUUUGCCUCCAAAGAGCAAAGGUGUAUUACACUGGCUAGCAACACCGAAACAACAACUGUGUUCAGAAGGGCAGAUGCAAUUCUCUUUGAAAAAAGAAUUUUUCUACUUGAAUGCAGAAGAGGAAAUGGACAGGACUACCGAGGAACUGAAUCUAAAACUCAGACUGGUGUAUCAUGUCAGCGUUGGGCAGAUGAGAGUCCUCAUGUACCUAAUUUCUCCCCUAACAGUUACCCCAAUGCUUCAUUAGAAGAAAACUACUGUCGGAAUCCUGAUAAUGACAAGAAAGGCCCCUGGUGCUACACAACAGAUCCUGAAACCAGAUAUGAUUAUUGCAACAUCCCAGAAUGUGACGAACAGUGCAUGUACUGCAGUGGGGAAAACUAUCAAGGUAAAGUUUCCCAAACAGAAUCUGGGCUUCAGUGCCAGGCUUGGGUUUCUCAAGAACCUCACUUUCAUGAAUACAUCCCUUCAAAUUUUCCAGAAAAGAAUCUCAGGUCAAAUUACUGCCGUAAUCCCGAUGGCGAGCCUCGUCCUUGGUGUUUUACCACCAGCCUGACUAAACGCUGGGAAUUCUGUAACAUUCCACGGUGCACUUCACCCCCACCAGACCCCAGCCCAGGGCGCCAGUGUCUUGCGGGAAGGGGAGAAGACUAUCGAGGGACUGUUGCCCUCACAGCAUCGGGAGAAAAGUGUCAACCCUGGGCAGCCCAAGCACCUCACAAACAUGCAAGAACUCCAAAAAUAUACCCUUGCAAAGGAUUAGAAGAAAACUAUUGUAGAAAUCCUGAUGGAGUGACCAGUCCUUGGUGCUUCACCACUAAUCCCAGGAAACGAUGGGAAUACUGCAAUAUUCCUAGCUGUGAUGAUGCAGCAGUAGUUGCUGCUGUAGCUCCUGCUAUUCCUGUGCAAACUACAAUUAUCGAGGACUGUUAUCGGGGCACUGGAAGUGGUUACCGGGGUACCACAACAUUGACCGUUUCAGGAAAGAAAUGCCAAGCAUGGAGCUCUAUGACACCCCAUCAUCACGCUAAAACCCCAUCUAUAUUCCCAGAUGCUGAUCUGAGGAAAAACUACUGCAGAAACCCGGAUAAUGAUGAUAAAGGCCCCUGGUGUUACACUACUGAUCCCAGUACAAGAUGGGAGUACUGCAGUCUGCGAAAGUGUGUUGAUAUCGUGGAACAACCACAACAACAAUAAAGAAAGGAUUUUGCAUAUUGACCCGACAAUGUCAAUAGGGCUUUAUCUUUAAAGGAGGCCGACAAAUAAUUUGAAAUAAAUAAACAAAAUAAAAUGUAUGCUUGCAGUGUG